CUAAAGGUUUUGAGUAAUCAUUUACAUCCGGGGGACUAGACAACUGGAAAAAGCAGAGAGAAAUGUAUUUGAAAGGAAUAAGGAACCUGCACGCUACCUCCCUCAGGUAAAGGCCAGUCCUGGAGAGAAGAAAACCACCAUGGCUACCAGGGCAGAUGUCAAGGAUGCAGGGGGAAAUGUUACCACUGAUGAUGACUCACACCCAGCUAAGGACCAAUCCUGCAGGAAAGAUUUCAGCAGUGAAGCCAUCAGGACCUGGGCUUUUCUUAGUUGGCUUUUGCUCAGUCCGAUAUGGGCUGGCCCUCAUCUUGCAUCUUUGUAACUUUUCAAUCUACACCCAACAAAUGAAUUUGAGCAUCGCCAUUACGGCUAUGGUGAACCACACAGAGGCAUCCAGCCAGCCCAACUCCUCCACAGAGCAGCCCUCGAUGGACUCCCUGGGCUCCUGGAAUGAAACCUUAAAGGAAGCAAAGGCACUGGCCCCUGUUUAUGACUGGAGUCCUGAGAUCCAGGGAGUCCUCCUCAGCUCUCUCAACUAUGGCUCAUUCUUGGCUCCGAUCCCCACUGGCUAUGUGGCUGGGAUAUUUGGAGCCAAGUAUGUGGUUGGCGUUGGCUUGUUUGUUUCCUCAGUCCUGACACUCUUCCUUCCCCUGGCGGCUGAUGCUGGAUUGGCCUUGCUCAUCGUCUUCCGGGUGAUCCAAGGCAUUGCCCAGGUUAUGGUAUUAACAGGUCAGUACUCAAUUUGGGUCAGAUGGGCUCCCCCACUGGAAAGGAGCCAACUCACCACCCUUGCUGGAUCAGGGUCAUUGCUGGGGACCUUUGUUGUCCUCCUUGUUGGUGGCCUCCUCUGCCAGACCAUAGGAUGGCCUUACAUCUUUUAUAUCUUUGGUGGAAUUGGCUGUGCAUGCUGCCUUCUCUGGUUUCCUCUGGUCUAUAAUGACCCUGGAAGUCAUCCCUUCAUCAGCACCAGUGAGAAGAGGUUCAUUGUGUGCUCACUGGCUCAGCAGGACUGUUCUCCUGGGUGGUCUCUUCCCAUUAAAGCUAUGAUCAAAUCUCUACCACUUUGGGCCAUUGUAGUCUCCUACUUCUGUGAAUAUUGGCUUUUCAACACCAUAAUGGCAUACACCCCCACUUACAUCAGCUCUGUACUUCAAGCCAGCCCCAAAGAUAGUGGGAUCCUCUCGGCGCUGCCAUUUCUUGUUGGUUGUAUCUCCAUUGUCCUUGGAGGCCUAUUGGCAGAUUUUCUUCUCUCCAGAAAAGUCCUCAGACUCAUCAUCAUCAGGAAAGUCUUUUCUGCCACAGGGGUUUUCUUCUCAUCCAUGUUCUUAGUGCCUCUGCCUUGGGUCAGAUCCAGCCAAGGUGCCACCAUGGCCUUCUUGGUUCUUUCUGCUGCUUCUAGCAGCUUCUGUGAAUCAGGAGCCCUUGUUAACUUCUUGGAUAUUGCUCCUCGGUAUGCUGGCUUCCUCAAGGGACUAUUGCAAGUCUUUGCACACAUAUCUGGAGCCAUCUCUCCCACUGUUGCUGGAGUUUUCAUCAGUCAGGAUUCAAAUGCAGAAUUUGGAUGGAGAAAUGUCUUCUUGGUUGCAGCUGCUAUUGAUAUAGUGGGGCUGAUCUUCUACCUCAUUUUUGCCAGAGCAGAAGUGCAGGAUUGGGCGAAAGAGGAGGCACUCACCCACUUCUGAGCCCAUGGAGUGCUAUGUGAAGUCCCAGCGCUUGCUAGUUCACUACUUUUCCUCACAGCUUUGACCUUUGGGGUCUGCUUGACUGAUACACCAUUUAACUGGAAUUGGUUUUCUUUCCAGUAUCUUCUCAGAAACCUUGGCUAUUUAAUAUAGAAAGUUUUACAAAGAUUGAACAUUUUUUAUAGGAGAAAAAAAGGCUCAUUAUUUGACUGUGAACUCCUGAAAUCAUAGAUACAUGUGAAUUUCUCAAUGUCUUCCAUGCUUCUCACUGUUACACUGAAAAAAGCAUCAAGUGCUGGGGGACAUUUUCUCACCAAAGUAGAACAGAAAGCAGAACCAUAGCAAUGAGGUUGGAAAUUACCAGGGAAGUGAGGCCCAAACAUCAGAAGAUGAACCUAAGAACUUUCAUCAAAAGAAAGCCAGAGGCCAUUGAAAGCAGAGCGUCUCCACCCCAAGUCCUGGGCCAGGAGCCCCUGCUCCAAGGCUAAGUGGCUCUUACAUGCCUGAGGAGGGAAAUAGGACACUCCAGGCUUGGAAGGUGGGCAAGGUGCCUCCCUGAACACUGACAAGUAAGAAGAACAAUAAAGAGUGAACCCUCUGGGACAAGAGGAAUGAAUUCUUCUCCAACUUCUCCAACUAAUGCACAUGGGGUAGUUGACUUCUCCUCUCCCAAGAAGCUCACCCUGCUAGGUGCUGGCUUUGGGCCAGUGCCCUACCUGUACCCCAGCACUUCCCAGAGUUGGCUCUUCUAGAGUUGCCUUCUCUCUGGUUAUCUGACGUAGGCCCCACAUCUGCUUGGCAGGUCUGUGCAGAUACCUGUGCAUCUUAGUGAGCAAACUGUGUAGUUUCUCUCUUGUCUCCAUGAACAUUUCUUCAGGGGAUCACGCCUGUCUCAGACACCCCUUGUCUGCUUCUCUGACUCUUGGGGUCUUUCCCACCACUCAGUGGGCCUCAUUCAAUAUUCACUUCAUGAGCCCAAAAGGUCUAUGGAAAUGUACGUAAGACCAAGGCUGCUUGACUCCAUUGUAAAUGUUCAGAGAGUAUGUAGGGUAUGCCUGCUUUCAAGGAAGAGAGCAAAAAUGUUCAAACACUAAAUGAAUGUUAAUGAAUAUGUUAAUGCUCCUGGGAGCAUAGCAGAAAUCAAAAUCACACAGCUUAAAGAAGCUCAACAUCUUGGGAGGGCAGACACCUUUAACCAGAGUAUCCUGGCUGUGUAAUGAUAGCUAUGGAGAGCAGAAUAAUGGGGUAUGACGUGUUAAAAGGUGCACUAACUGGAGGGUGAGUCAGGGCCACCACUUUGAAGUGCCUUUCUGAGUUGGGAUCUGAAGGACAACAGUACCUGGUGCAGGAGGGGAAGAGGGCGAAUGAUAUAGGAAGAAGGCAUGGCCAAAGCAAAGGUUUGGUGGCAGAAAAGGCAGUCAAGAGUGGCCAGAAGGCAGAGAAUAAGAGAAACAGGGCUUGGGAGAAGCUGUAGAAGCAUUAAGGUCAAGAAUACACAGCGGACAGUGGGCCCAGAGAAGGAAGGGACAUAACCAGGGUUUUGUUUUUGUUUUAUUUUGUAUUUUUGGUACCGGGAUUGAACUCAGGACCUUCAGCUUGUGAGGCAGGCAAUGGCACCACUGGGCUAAAUCCUGGGUCCCUAGGGUUUUCUUUUUUAAAGUUUCUCUGCAUGAGGGACUGGGAUGGAGUAGGGGUUUGUGGUGUUGUCCAGGAAAGAGUGAUGGCUGUUGGCAUGAGGGGCAGGAUGUGGUGAGAGGAGAGUGAAUUACUUGCUUUAGGAGACAAACCUGAAAAGACUCUAAUACUGAGAGCAGAAGAUAUCUAGAGAGACACAUGGGUUUUGUCUGCUGCUAGAUCCAUGGUGGUUCUCAGGAGGUUAGCAAUCAUACCACAGUGAAGAUCACAAGAAGGAAAAUGGCCACACAGGUCUGGACUUCACUUUUGAGAUCUGGGUUCCAGUUAGAAAUUUAGGAAUCAUCUAGAUGGAGGUUGUGAUUAACGUUUUUAGUAUGAAUGAGGUUGUCUAAGGGACAAAAUGUCAUAAAGAGGCAAAACCUGAAAGCUUGAGAACAAUCCUUCCAGGACUUUAAUAUUUAAUGGUCAGCUAGAGGGUGAUCAGAGAAGGAAGGAAGAAAGGAAGGAAGGAAGAAAAGAAGGACAAAGGAAAGGAGGGAUGGAAGAAGGGAAAGUUAGAAGGAAAAGCAAGAGAACGUGGUACUAAGGGAAAGAAAAAGAGAAUGUGUUUCAAAAGGGCAAAUAGUCAUUGAUGUGAAAUCUUGAGAUCAGGCCAUAUGGGAGAUGAGGAGAGGAGAAAGGAGAGCACUGCUGAGAAAUCUGGGAGUGGAGGGAGGAAAGAGAUGAUAAAGUAGCUGCAGAGGGGUACCGGAAAAGGAAAGAGUUUAAACACUUGUGUUUAAAUCCUAUGAGAAGGAGUUAGUGAAGAGAGAAAAGUUGCAUGUGGAAAAGAAAAACCUUGAGCAAAAGUUGCUGAGAAAAACACAGGCGAGGUGUGUUGAGACCUGAGGUCCAGUUAGAUGGAAUGGGGACAGCUUCUGCCUUUUCCCUGACUCUUCAAGGUCCUGUCAAGGUCCAUCCACAAGAGAUCCAGGGAGUGGUUUGUUUGUGUUUUUCCUCCUACUUGGAAGAGGGGUGUAGGCACUGCCAGUGUGUGCCAUAAGUGCUCUGGCCAGAUAGGAGGAGAGUGAUCUGGUAGAGAUCCCCAGCAGGUUAGUGGUGGCCUGCAGGGUGGUGGGCUCCAGAUGGCACAACAAACACUUGGAUUGUUCCUCCCCCGCUACACUGACAAGCUUCCUCUACCCAGUUUGAAUGUAAACUUGGAUAGAGUUCAGGAACUAUGCCAUGAAGUAUUUGGCAACAUCUUAAACACAGGAAUGGUUUAAGUAAUACAAUGGUAUUGUAUCCACAGUAAAUGCCAAUAAAUGCUUGUUGAGUCA